AUGUUCGCAACCAAGGCCCUUCGACAGGCAGCUGCCCACGCCGAGCGUGUCCCUUCUAUCAAGUUCAUCGGAAAGCGCUCCAUUCCCUCUGCCGUCGACCACACCCCUAAGCCUCACCCUGCCAGCCCCAGCCAGUCCCUCCCCAGCGACUUCUCGGCCAACUCCUUCUCCGAGUAUCGCCAGCGCUCCCAGCAGUACGGCCCGCUCCAGAAGACCUGGGCCCGCACCAGUGAGGGUGGUAUUGGCGGUGCCUCGGGCUCCGCUCUGCCGUCCAUCGAGCCCGGCAAGGGCUUUUUCUUCGACCGCGACGAGCUCCCUGCCCGCUUCCGCAGGACCUCCUGGACUGUCGAGGAGAUCGAGGCCAUCGAGAGCGGUGGCGCUUCCGCAUUCGCUUGA